UUUCUACAAUGUUAUUUUUCUGACUGCUGCUAGUGGACGAGAAAUUUGGUCGCGCGGAGAAGUGAGUGGGUUUGUGCUGGUGUUCGUGUUCGAUAUUGUGAUUUAUUAGUAAUAGAUCACGAAGAUGUCGUCACCGAGCGCUGGGAAACGUCGGAUGGACACAGAUGUCAUCAAACUCAUUGAAAGCAAGCACGAGGUGACCAUAUUGGGCGGGCUCAACGAGUUCUGCGUGAAAUUCUUCGGACCCCCAGGAACCCCAUACGAGGGUGGCGUGUGGCGCGUGCGCGUGCACCUCCCCGACCACUACCCCUUCAAGUCGCCAUCUAUCGGCUUUAUGAACAAGGUCUACCAUCCCAACAUCGACGAGGUAUCCGGCACUGUAUGCUUAGACGUUAUCAAUCAGGCCUGGACCGCACUUUACGAUCUGUCAAACAUAUUCGAGUCGUUCCUACCACAGCUGCUGACGUACCCCAACCCCAUAGACCCGCUGAAUGGAGACGCUGCCGCCAUGUACCUGCACAAACCUGAAGAGUACAAGAAGAAAGUUUCAGAUUACGUAAGAAGAUUCGCCACAGAAGAGGCCCUGCUCGAAAAAGACGCCAUCACCGGCAUGGGCGGCGCGCCGGCGUCCUCGUCGGCGAAGGCCAACGGCGCCGCGAACAACAACGCCUCCGACACCGAGAGCUCCAUGAGCGACUUCAGCGACGACGAGGCGCACGGUAUGGAGUUAUAACGCACGCCCGCGCCACACUC